UCAGUCCAUCAGUUAUUGUUCAGCCAAAAUGUCUAGCUACAAGGUGCAGGAGAUUCCCGGCGGUCAGCUGGAGCUGGGCGAGGCACCCCAUUGGGACGCCGCACGGCAGAGUUUGUACUACGUGAGUUUGACGGAGGCGACGAUCCACCGGCUGGACCACAAGCAGAACAAGGUCUACAGCGCUUCUGUUGAUGGCUGUUCGAGUACGUCGUUUAUCGUUCCGGUUAAGGGACGAAGCAGUGAGUUUGUGGUUGGUGACGGAACCAGGCUGAUGCUGAUCAGCUGGGAUGGACUCUCGGCGAAGGCGCACAUCGUGAAGGUUAUCGCGGAUCUUGCCGGACAGGAGUCUGGUAACCGGUGGAACGAUGGAAAGGUUGAUUCCAGGGGACGACUGUACGCUGGGACGAUGACAACGGACGAGAAAUGCUUUGAGAUUUGUACUGGCAGCUUUUAUCGAUUUGAGGCUGACAAGAUCGGCUUUGUAAAGCAGUUUGGAGAUGUUUUCAUCUCGAAUGGAUUGGCCUGGAACGAUAGGACGAAGAAGUUCUACUACGUGGACUCUGCGGCGUACGAAGUAAGAGUGUUUGAUGUGGACAAGGAUGGGAACGUCAGCAACGGACAAGUACUAUACGACUUCAAAGAUAAUGGUAAGAAACCGGUUCCCUUCCCGGACGGCAUGACCGUCGAUGAAAAGGGAAACUUGUACGUGGCCGUGUUUCAUGGAUCCAAAGUUCUCAAGAUCAAUCCCAAAGGGAAAGUCGAGCAGGAGAUCCUGAUUCCAGCAAAGCAGGUCACAUCCGUUGCUUUCGGAGGACCAAACUUGGACGAACUGUACGUCACAACCGCCCGCAAGCAGGUCAUAGAUCCGCAACUCGCUCCGGCAGGCGCCACCUUCAAGGUGACCGGGCUGGGUGUCAAAGGGACCCCCAUGUAUGAAAUGAACCUGUGAACAGCUUCCAUGUAAUAAAGAAAGGUGCCAAAGUAAACAACAC